AUGGCGAUGCCCACGGUGGCCGCGGCGCUGCUCCACCCCGCGCUCGCGUCCCCCUCCCCGGCCUCGGCGGCGCGACGCGCGGGCCUCCUCGUCGCCGGCGGCAAUGCCUCCGCGGGAAUCCACCCGGCGGGCGCGCGGCGAGGGGCGGCGGUGCGGGCGAGGGUGGCGGAGGCGGCCGCCGCGCCGGCCGCGGCCGAGGGGUCCACCAGGCAGGACGCGCCGCCCGCGGUCGAGAUCCCCGUCACGUGCUACCAGAUCCUGGGUGUUACAGAGAAGGCCGAGAAGGACGAGAUCGUCAAGUCAGCAAUCGAGCUGAAGAAGUCCGAGAUCGAGGAUGGGUACACCGAAGAGGUGUCUGCUUGCAGACAGGCUCUGCUGGUGGAUGUGAGAGACAAGCUUCUCUUUGAACAAGAGUAUGCAGGGAGCAAAAGGGCAAAGGUUCCACCCAGAUCCUCUCUUCAUAUACCUUGGAGUUGGCUGCCUGCUGCCUUGUGUGUCUUGCAGGAGGUUGGAGAAGAGAAGCUGGUUUUGGACAUUGGUCAGGCAGCUCUACGACGCCCUGAUUCCAAGCCAUAUGCUCACGAUGUACUUCUUGCAAUGGCACUUGCUGAAUGCUCCAUUGCAAAAGCUAGCUUUGAAAAAAGUAAAGUAUCUCUUGGCUUUGAGGCUCUAGCACGUGCUCAGUAUCUUUUGAGGAAAAAACCCUCUUUGGAGAAGAUGCCCCUUCUUGAGCAGAUAGAAGAAUCACUUGAAGAGCUUGCACCUGCUUGCACUCUAGAGCUUCUAAGCCUGCCUCGUACACCUGAAAAUUCUGAACGCAGGCGAGGUGCUAUUGCAGCUCUCUGUGAAUUGCUUGGACAGGGCCUCGAUGUUGAAUCAUCUUGUAGAGUUCAUGAUUGGCCUUAUUUCUUGAGCCAAGCAAUGGAAAAGUUAUUAGCCACUGAAAUUGUGGAUCUACUUUCUUGGGACUCUUUGGCUACAACUCGUAAAAACAAAAAGUCAUUAGAGUCUCAGAGCCAACGGGUGGUAGUUGACUUCAACUGCUUCUACAGGGCAAUGCUUGCACACCUUGCAUUUGGAUUUGCAACCCGGCAGACUGAGUUGAUCAGUAAAGCGAAAACCAUCUGCGAAUGUUUAGUUGCAUCUGAGAACACAGACCUGAAAUUUGAGGAAUCUUUUUGCUCGUACCUUCUUGGAGAGGAAUCUGGGACCACAGUUUUUGAAAAGCUUCAGCAGCUUCAAAGUAAUGGAAGUUCAAAUUCAAGGAAUUACGGGUUAUCUAAAAAGAAAGACAGCAGUGACAAGGUUACUGUGAACCAAUCACUGGAACUGUGGCUGAAGGAUGUGGCACUCUCUCGUUUUGCAGAUACAAGAGACUGCCCUUCAUCUUUGGCCAACUUCUUUGGAGCUCCGAAGCGCAUCAUUAGCUCUUCCAAGCAGAAACUAGGAGCUACACGAGUGGUCUUUCUGAGCUCUCAGACGUCCUCUAAUGCCUCCCUAAGCAACAGAACUUCAGGGCAGCAGAAUCCAAGAUUAAAUUCUACCAGCCAUCUCGGGGAAGCUGUAAAGCAACUUGCACCGACCACCCUGGGAGGCCAUUCACCAAUCGAAAAGCCAGCAAAUGGUUUAAGUACAACAUCAGUUCCUCUGAAGCGCAAUCCUGGGUCCCAUCCUGUAAGAACCUUGGAAUCAUGGGGCUUGACUGCAGAUGUUAUAGGAAAAGUCGCAUAUACUGCACUCCUGGGCUUUGCCCUGUUUGGUACUCUAAAACUGCUCAGAUUUCAGUCUGGGUACACAAAACCUGUCUCCUCAACUAGAGAAUCUGCAGUAACAUCUUCUCUGAACGAAGCAUCUACAUCAGAAGGUUCUUAUAUCAGCAGCAGCGUCAGGAAACAAUUUGAGAAGCUGUCAAACAUGCUUUGGUUGAACAGUAGGCUCCAUUCGAGAAGUGAAGAAAGUAAUUCAUCUCCUGGUUCUACUGAUGUGGCCGCUGUAGCUUCCAAUGAAAGGAUGUCUCUUCAAGAAGCAGAAGCACUUGUGAAGCAGUGGCAAGAUAUCAAAUCUGAAGCUCUUGGCCCUGACUAUCAAAUCGAUAUGCUCCCUGAGAUCCUUGAUGGCUCAAUGCUGUCAAAGUGGCAGGAUUUAGCUUUGUUAGCAAAGGAUCAGUCCUGUUACUGGAGAUUCGUUCUGUUGAAUCUCUCUGUUGCUCGAGCUGAGAUACUGCUGGAUGAGGCUGGUGAUGGUGAAGUAGCAGAAAUCGAUGCUGUGCUCGAGGAAGCUGCUGAGCUUCUCGAUGACUCCCAGCCCAAGAAACCUAGUUAUUACAGUACGUAUGAAGUUCAGUACACACUGAGGAGGCAGGAGGAUAGAUCAUGGAAGAUCUGCGAGGCCAUUGUCCGGGACCUGACGUGACUUCUUCCAAAAGGGAUGGCUAAUGCAACAACUGCAAGAUCGCAGGGCGAAGUUCCAACAUAUUCGAAAUACAUAGGUUACUCAUAGGUUACAUUUGGAUCAGUUUGAAGCUUUGAACCGAUUUGAGCACGUGCAACAGUUUGGUGAGCUCCAUUGUGAUGCCCGAGCUGCUCAUGGUGAUCUUCAGCAUCAGGAUCUGACACGAUGCUACGUUAGUACAGAUGCUAACUUUCUGCUGAUAUCGCAUAUAUAGCUUUUACUUCUUUCCCACUUGGCCAUUAGUUUUACGACAGUUUCUUUCUUGGAGUGUGACUGCGAGUACACCACAUCCACAUGUAACUGAACCACAUCCACAUGUUCAUUGUUCGGAAUUCAAAUGCAGUUUCCUACAUUUUUCCAGUGUU